AUGGCGCCCUCUCUGUUUCGCAAGCGCCACGAGGCCGAGGACAUUAUUCCUAUCCCAGGUCCUCUCGAGACUGUCUCCGCCUCCGGUCGCGAUUAUCUCGAGAACCUUCAGCAAUUCGAAAAGUCGCACAAAUUUGACCCCAACUUACCCAUCGACGACCUCACAGAUGUGGACGCCGCUAUCGCGACAGGAAAUGCCGAGAAGGGGAUUGAGAUUGAGCACGCGCUCAUGGAAGACAACAGUCCUUAUCCCGAAGUCCGAUCUGUUGUCCGAAACUACGAUGUCGAUGUUCCCGCCAACACUAUUCGCGCCUGGGCGAUUGGCCUGAUUCUAUGCACCAUCGGCUCCGGUGUUAACAUGCUCUUCUCAUUAAGAAAUCCCAGUGUUACGGUCACCACCUAUGUUGUUCAGCUUGUCGCCUAUCCGUUUGGUCUCGGCUGGGAUUUGAUCAUGCCAGAUCGUGAAUGGAACAUGUUUGGCCUCAAAUUCAACCUCAAGCCAGGGAAAUUCAACUACAAGGAGCAUGUGGUGAUUGUCGCCAUGUCUAAUGCUGCUUAUGGUGGUGGUGUUCUCUAUGCAACCGAUGUACUUCUUGCCCAACAGGUUUUCUACGGCCAAAAGUUCGGUUGGGCGUUCCAGAUCCUAUUUGGAAUUACGACUCUCUGUACCGGUUAUGGAUUGGCAGGUCUUGCCCGUCGCUUCUUAGUGUGGCCUGCUGCCAUGAUCUGGCCUACCGAUCUAGUCAACUGCGCAUUGUUUUACACGCUUCACGACCACUCCGGCUCUGACCCCACCAAAACCAACGGCUGGAAGAUGGGACGUUAUAGAUGGUUUCUGAUUGUGGGCUGUGGAGGCUUCGUUUGGUACUGGUUCCCCGGCUGGAUCUUCAAGGGCCUGUCCUACUUUACUUGGGUUUGCUGGCUUGCGCCUCAUAACGUCACAGUCAACAAGCUCUUUGGCGGCAUGACUGGCUAUGGUUUGAUGCCUACAUCCUUCGAUUGGACCGUUUACAGCGGGUACCUACAGUCUCCUUUGAUCCCGCCUUUCCACGCCAUUGCCAACGUUCUCGUGGGUAUUGUCGUUUUCUUCAUUUGCAUUUCCAUGGGCAUUCAUUUCACCGGUACAUGGUAUGCGGAUUACUUCCCCGUACAGUCAUCCGAGUCCUACGAUAACACGGGCGCCAUCUACAACGUCUCGAGGAUCCUCGACGGGAACUUCCACUUCAACGAGACAGCGUACAAGGAGUACUCGCCGCUUUUCCUGCCAACGCAAUUCGCCCUUUCGUAUGGACUGUCUUUCGCGGCUGUGACAGCUGUUGUCGUACACGUUGUGCUCUACCAUGGGCAUGAGAUCUGGAGACAGUUCAAGCUUGCCCGUAACCAGGAGGAUGAUGUUCACAUGCGCCUGAUGAAGAAGUACCGAGAUGCAGAGGACUGGUGGUAUGCUGCUCUAUUCAUUGUCAUGGUAGCGAUCUCAAUCGGUGUCAUUGCUGGCUGGCCAACAGGCUUCCCUGUCUGGGCUUACUUCAUCUGCCUCCUCAUACCCGUGUUGUGGCUGAUCCCCAUUGGUGUUGUCCAGGCUAUCACCAACAUCCAGCUCGGCCUUAACGUUCUGACAGAGUUUAUCAUUGGUUACAUGGUUCCGGGUCGCCCCAUGGCUAUGAUGAUGUUCAAGAACUACGGUUAUAUCUGCAUGGGCCAGGCACUUUACUUCGCCCAGGAUCUCAAGCUCGGGCACUACAUGAAGGUCCCUCCUCGAGUCAUGUUCUCGUCGCAGCUUGUGGCGUCGAUCUGGUCAGCUAUUGUGCAGAUCUGUGUCAUGAACUGGGCUCUUGGGCACAUUCCCGACGUCUGUUCUAUCGACCAACCCAACAACUACACAUGCCCAGGCGGUCGUGUAUUCUACACGGCUUCUGUCAUCUGGGGAGCCAUUGGCCCAGCCCGUAUCUUUAGCCACGGCGCGAUAUAUUCUUCCCUCCAGUGGUUCUGGCUGGUUGGUGCUGUCACACCUAUUAUCACAUGGCUCCUGGCUCGCAAGUGGCCGCGCUCAAUAUGGCGAUAUGUCAGCACCCCCCUGAUUUAUGGAGGUGCCGGCAUGUUGCCUCCAGCUUCUGUUUAUAUCUAUCUCUGCUGGGGCAUUGUCGGUGCUUUCUUUAACCGCUUUAUCAAGAGGAGAUAUACUGGCUGGUGGCUCCAGUACAACUACGUCACCUCGGCAGCUCUGGAUUGCGGUCUUAUCAUGUCGACCAUGGUAAUCUUUUUCACACUGUACCUGACGAGCGCUUCUCCUCCCAACUGGUGGGGAAAUUAUGGUGCUCUGGAGACGAUGGAUUGGAAGACACAUGCCAUUUCGAAAUCGGUGCCUGAAGGAACCACCAUUGGACCCUCCUCGUGGAACUGA